AACAAACCCUGGCGCAUGGCAAAGAAAUUAACUGUGCUGAGGGAGGCUCAAGAUUUUGUAGAAAAAAUUGAAGGUGCUUUGGGAAAAGGAAAAGGAAAAAAGUUGUAUGCAUAUAAGAUGAUGUUGACAAAGAAAUGGGUCAAGUUCAAGAGAGAUUUUGACAAUUUUAAGACACAAUGUAUACCUUGGGAAAUGAAGAUAAAAGAAGUUGAAAGUCAUUUUGGUUCUUCAGUGGCCUCUUAUUUCAUAUUUCUGCGAUGGAUGUAUGGCCUAAACCUGGUUCUGUUUGGCUUAAUAUUUGGACUAGUUAUAAUUCCAGAAGUUUUAAUGGGUGUGCCAUAUGGAAGUAUACCUAGAAAAAUUGUACCCAGGGCUGAACAACCCAGUGCUAUGGAUUUCUCUGUUCUUUGGGAUUUUGAGGGCUAUAUUAAAUAUUCAGCCAUUUUCUAUGGCUACUACAACAAUCAAAGGACAAUUGGUUGGUUAAAGUACAGGCUACCAAUGGCAUAUUUCAUGGUUGGUGUCAUCGGUGUGUAUGGCUAUAGCCUGAUGGUUGUAAUAAGAUCGAUGGCCCGGAAUGCCCAUGAAGACACAGGCGAUGGAGAUGAUGAGAACUUCAUUUUUAGCUGGAAAAUGUUCACUAGCUGGGACUACCUUAUAGGCAAUCCAGAGACAGCAGACAACAAGUUUGCAUCCAUCACAACUAGCUUCAAGGAAUCAAUUGUGGAUGAGCAAGAAAGCAACAAAGAUGAAAAUAUCCAUCUAAGAAGAUUUUUGAGGGUUCUGGCCAACGUCCUUAUUAUAUGUUGUUUAUGCGGAAGUGGCUACCUCAUUUAUUUUGUUGUAAAACGGUCCCAGACCUUUUCAAAAAUGCAAAACAUUGGCUGGUAUGAAAGAAAUGAAGUUGAAAUUGUUAUGUCGUUACUUGGAAUGUUUUGCCCUCCGCUGUUUGAAACUAUCGCAGCCUUAGAGGAAUACCAUCCUCGCAUUGGACUGAAAUGGCAACUGGGACGUAUCUUUGCGCUUUUCCUGGGGAAUCUAUACACUUUCUUGCUGGCCUUAAUGGAUGAUGUCAAGGAAAAGCUGGGUGAAGAAGGUGUGAUCAGGAACAUCACACACUGGACAGUUCUAACCUUCCAUAACUCAUCUGCAGGGAAUGGAAGUGCUCUUAUUCCACCUCCAAUGGAUCCGGCUGAUGUGCCUCGAGGACCUUGCUGGGAAACAACUGUGGGAAUAGAAUUUGUGAGACUUACAGUGUCUGAUAUUCUUGUGACAUUCGUAACAAUCCUAGUGGGAGAUUUCCUUCGGGCUUGUUUUGUGAGAUUCGUAAACUACUGCUGGUGCUGGGAUCUCGAGGCUGGAUUUCCUUCAUAUGCAGAGUUUGAUAUUAGUGGUAAUGUGCUAGGUUUGGUCUUCAAUCAAGGAAUGAUCUGGAUGGGAUCCUUUUAUGCACCAGGACUUGUGGGCAUAAACGUAUUACGUUUAUUAAUCUCCAUGUAUUUCCAGAGCUGGGCUGUUAUGAGCAGCAAUGUCCCCCAUGAACGAGUGUUCAAAGCCUCUAAAUCCAAUAAUUUUUAUAUGGGACUCUUGCUGUUGAUUUUGUUCCUUAGUGUGUUACCAGUUGCAUAUACCAUAAUGUCCCUGCCUCCUUCCUUUGACUGUGGACCAUUCAGUGGAAAAAAGAAAAUGUAUGAUGUCAUCCAAGAGACCAUCAAAUAUGAUUUCCCACCCCUUGUAGCCAAGGUCUUUGGUUAUUUGGCAAAUCCAGGACUAAUUAUAACUGCAGUUUUGCUUAUGAUUCUUGCCAUAUAUUACCUGAAUGCCGUGGCUGAAGGAUAUAAACAUGCCAAUGCAGAGCUGAAAAAGAAAAUGCAAAUGCAACGUGAAGAUGAGAAAAAUAAGAAUAAGAAGGUUCCUGCCAAUCCUGCAAUGCAAGACCUAGAAGACUUGCUUGUUCCAUAUGCAAAAACCAUGGAAGGGCCCAGUGCAGCUAAAGGUAAAGAUAGCCUAGUCCAGUCAGUUGCACACAAAAAAAGAGGUGGCGCUUGUAUCUCUAGAAAUCUUAGCUACUGCCCUGUAAGAGGAGUCCCAUUGUCAUCCUCACCUUGUGUGAUAAUGACUCGGCCACUUACUCCAAGAACUGGUGUGCCUUUCUCUAAUCAACUGAAACCUGGAUCUUAUCCAAGGGGGCCUCAUCCUGGAAUCGGAGGGGGGAAAACUUAG